AGAACGCGUCCCGAACCUUCUCUUUUUCUGGACUGUGCCUCCACUACAAGAUCAUCAGCCUCAGCUCCGCUCUCAUUCAUCACAACAAGAUGGGCAUCAGUAACAGCGAUGGCUACUGGGGGCCACCCACCUCUUCGAUUGACUGGUGUGAAGAGAACUAUGUGGUAUCCUAUUAUAUCGCUGAGUUCUUCAACUCGUUCUCCUCUUUCGCCAUGAUCCUUCUCGGAGAAGCUGCCUGUUACUCAAUUGGUCGCCUGCAGUCUUCCAUGGCAUCCAGCGGUACAACAUCCUCCUCCGGCGGCAGCUCCUCUCAUACCACUCCUGGAGUAGCGGCACCAAGUCUCUUCCGCUUCAAACUGGCCUUCCGCACAAUCACCGUUGUCGGCAUUGGCUCCUUCCUCUUUCAUGCCACGCUCCUUCACCACAUGCAGAUGCUCGAUGAACUCCCCAUGCUCUACUCCGUUCUCGCCCUAUUCUUCUGUCUAAUCGAGUCUCGCUUCGGCCCCCAGCCUGCCUGGUUUCCGAUCCUCCUCACCGUCCAUGGUAUGCUCGUCACCUUCUUGGUCGCGUUUACAGAAGGGAACACGCAGUUCUACAGCUUCCAUGUGACUUUUGGGUCAUUGGAAUUUGUUACUCUCUACCUCGUCUAUCGUGUCUACAGAGCUAGAAAGGCAGAGUAUCCAGAUGUGAAGCAGGCCUUCGAGGUCGGCAUUGGGCUGUAUGCGCUUGCGAUUGCGGUAUGGAUGAUAGACUUGAACUUUUGUGAGGCACCGUUGCUGGCGUGGUUGCCACAGGGUCUUCAGAUGCAGAUCCGGGAUGCGACGUCGGGUAGGUGGAUUGUUAUGGACUUGUACCUGCACGCGUGGUGGCAUACUUUUGUCAGCAUGGGGUUGUACCUGCUGUCGACAGUCAUCAUGUUGGACGGGCUUAUUGUUCAAGGCUGGAAACCCAAGAUCGAGAUGAAAGCCGGAGGAUGGUUACCGAUGGUCACGGUAGUGGGUGCCAUAGACAAGACCGCGUCGAAAAAGAACGAGUGAUGAUAUUUUCACAUAAUAAAGAAGUAAUGCACAC